UAUUGGAUACCAUGUGGUAGCGUGUGCCAAAAGACCUACAUCGUUAACUCAAUUCUGUAAAGACUAAACUUGCACAGUGUGCGCUGACCCUAUUAUUAUUAAAUAUUGGGGAUUUGAGGUUCUUGUAGCUGUGGCCAAAAGCUGUAUUCUUCACUUGUAUGGACAGUAGAAUGAUUCCAACUCGUUUCACAGAGACCAAUGUAGGAGAUAUGUUUGUUGUUCGUAAUGCUGGCAACUUGAUUCCUCAUUCACAGCACUUCCUAGAUGAAGCAACAACAACUGAACCAGCAGCAUUAGAGCUAGGAUGUAUUGUGAAUGAUAUCAAACACAUAAUAGUUUGUGGACACUCAGAUUGUAAGGCUAUGAAUCUACUCUAUUCCUUACAGUGUCAGGAGUUUUCAUCACAGAAAAACAGACGCAUUUCACCUUUACGAGCGUGGCUAAGUGCCCAUGCAUCUUCUUCUUUGUCAACAUUUCAGCAGCUUGAAAUUUCAGGCUAUCAGAAACCACUCAUCUUUCAAGCAGAAACUCCAAUGAGGAAGUUUGUAGCCUAUAUAGAUCCUGAGGACAAUUUUUCUGUUGCAGAUAAACUUUCACAGGUGAACUGUCUUCAGCAGCUCCAGAAUAUUGCCAGUUAUGGAUUCCUCAAGAGGCGACUUGAGACACAUGAGCUUCACAUACAUGCUUUAUGGUUUGACAUCUACACUGGUGAUAUAUAUUAUUUUAGCAGACAAAACAAAAAAUUUAUUAAUAUCAAUGAAGAUACAUUCAAUAUGUUAGAAAAAGAAGUUCUAAAAUAUUAUUCAUGAUAAUGGUAUCAGAAUUAUGGUUAUAUAUGCAAAUUACAAUGGCCAGCAAUGCCCAAAUCCCUCUUAAAAGUACAAAAUCGCAAGUGUGUGUCCAUCCUUUAUCAUUAUCUUCUGAACACAGUAUGAAAAGAAUCAAUCAUUAAAAAGAACCUUAUUCUGUGGUUGGAAAAUAGAUUCCAGAAUAUUUUUAAUUUACAACAUCUGAUUUUGAUACACACUUCAAUUUCUCCUCAAUUAAUGGAAAAAGAAAUAAAAACAAAAAGUUCCUGAAUUCACAUUCCAUAAUAAUAAUAAUAAUUCAAUUCAGUUCCUUUUGAUAAAUGAAUAUAAAGAAAAUAAAAUAGAAGAAGUAUAAUAUUAAGGAUUAUGUAAAGGAAAGGUUUCUUCCAAGGAAAGAGUAUUCCUUCUAAAAACAUUCUACAGUUAGGUUUAUGUUUUGUAUCCUGUUGUAUAAAUAGAUUUAGGGUUUUGUAAGCCAUCACACAACGUGUUCAUUCUGUUAUGUACAGUAAGCGAUUGAAUUGAGUAUAUCAAUAGGUCAAUCAGUUUAUUAUAUUAAACAUUACAUCUUUUGGUCAUGGUUGACCACCCUCAGGUGUAUACGUACAUAAUCAUAAAUAUAUUGGGCUAUAUUGCUGAAUAUAUAAUCAAAAUUUAUCCAUUGUGGCCAUAUAAUUAAAAGUUUUUCAAAGAAUAUAUUGAAAGUAUGAAAAUUAUUAAUUGAAUAACGUGUAUAUAUGGCAUAUGAAAUGUGAAUAUAUUGAAUGGUAAUAGGGAGGUGUGUUUAUGUUAUGUGUGAAUUUACAUAUUACUAUUUAUAUAUUAUAUGUAGCUGAUAUGUUAGUACUACUAUAGUGUGGUCGGAAUAUCUUCAUGUUUUGUUACAUGUGUCCAGCUCAUAUGUAUAUAUUUAGGAACUGCAGAAAAUGUUGAUACAUAGUGUUGAGAAGGUUUGUAGUAUUUCAUAUGGUCAUUGUAAAUCAGUAUGUUAAGACUAAUGGAUUUCUGUGAAUAUGAAUAUUUAGUGUGUUGGGGGUAUAAUGCACCAUGGUUGCUUUUUGUGAACUUGAUUUUUUCCUGUUUGUAGCAUGUUUCCCAGUGUAACUUGUUUCAGUAGUGGUAGAUGACUUUACUAUAUGACCAAAAUGGGUGAAUUUUGAUUACAUAUUGAGGAAUAUAACGCCAUUUAUUUAUGAUAAUAUAUGUACACAUCUGAGGAUGGUCAACCACGACCAUAACAUGUAGUGUUCAAUAUAAUAAACUGAUUGGUCUAUUGAUAUAUUUAAUUCAGUUGCUAAUUAUAUAUGUAACAGAAUCAUGUUGUGGAACAACAUAAACACCCCUAAAUGAAACAGCAUAUGCCAUGAGUAGUGUUGGUCUAUUGAUAUAUUUAAUUCAGUUGCUAAUUAUAUAUAACACAGAAUCAUGUUGUGGAACAACAUAAACACCCCUAAAUGAAACAGCAUAUGCCAUGAGUAGUGUUGGCACACCUGGCUGAAGGACUAGACCUCACAUUACUGCCUACAGUAAAAAUGAGAAAUUCCCUGAUUAAUUUACCUGUUACAUCAAGACUGACAGUAUCUGUGAUGGAGUUACAGCUUA